AUGAAGGAUCCUUAUGUCACUGCUUAUUUGAAAGCUGAUGUUUUACCUUUGACCAUCGUGAUCGGUGAUGGCAACGAGUAUAAUUCUGAAAAGGAAAAAUAUAUUAACCAACCUCUAAAACUGAAUUCAAUUUAUAUCGCGUUCCUGAGAUUUUUUGAAAGUCAAGUAAAUAUAUGUUUGUGAGAGAUUGGGUUAUUCUGCGAAAAUAAAUUAGCAUAGCUAUUAAAAAUUUGUUGAAGGAAAUUAUACAUGGAAAUUUCGAAUUUUAAUAUAUUUAUUAGACCUAACCAGGAGCAGUUGCGAAAAUGCAACUAUCGUCCAUUGGUCAGGAAUUGAACCUACGGCCACAGAAUACUACACAGAAGUCCAUCUCCAUUGUUUUUAGCGUAAGCUCUAUUCGUCAUGAUUCGUCACUCAGCAAGUACCGUAAACAGAAGCAAUCGCCCCCCUGGACAUACGCCAUUUUUAGUAUUUCCAGGAGGGGGACUGCUUCUGUUUACGGUACUUGCUGAGUGACGAAUCAUGACGAAUAGAGCUUACGCUAAAAACAAUGGAGAUGGACUUCUGUGUAGUAUUCUGUGCUACGGCCCUGCGAUUCCAGAGCAGCGCUCUAUGUAUAAAUCCCUACAAAUCCCUACAACUGUAUUAGUUAUAUCGAGUGAGAUGCUCCAAACCUGAUAUUUAACUAUUUUGUAUAUUUUUAUCUAGGACUCGUACUACUCGACAGGAUGGAGCAGCAAUGUUAAAACAUUGAUAGAAGCUCCAGGUAGAUUCAUUAAUUAAUUCAAUAUUGUUUCCAUUACAAUAUUACAUUGCUUCUUGCUGACUACCAAGGAUCUUGCUGACAGGAUAGAGCAGCAAUGUUAAAACAUUGAUAAAAGCUCCAGGUAGAUUCAAUAUUUAAUUAAUUCAAUAUUGUUUGCAUUACAAUAUUACAUUGCUUCUUGCUGACUACCAUGGACCUUGCUGACAGGAUAGAGCAGCAAUGUUAAAACGUUGAUAAAAGCUCCAGGUAGAAGAUUCUUCAUUACUUAAUUCGAUAUUGUUUCCAUUACGUUGCAUCUUGUUGACUACCAACAUAAAACAUUUAAGGAUAUGCAUGCAUUGCAGUCUCAUUGCCAACUCAGUGGUCAUCCAGAGAAAAGUUCCAAAAUUUGUAUUUUUAUAGUGGAAUGUGCUAACGGUCAAGAGAUAGAAGUUAAAACUCGUAUGGAUCUCCUAAUUCCACUGGUUAUUUUGGCCCUGUGUUUGCUGUUCUCACUUGGUGUAAUCAUAUACCAACGUCGUCUUAUUCAAAAUAGCAUCAGACAGGCGUGCCAUAAAUGUGAGACAUCAGGACAGUCUAACCGAAAAGGGGGAUUAGGUAUGUUUAAUCCUUCACCUAAACUAAGUUUUAUUUACUAUUUAAAAAACUCAUUACUGUCGAUGCAAUGGAAGUGUUGAUAAAAUAUUGCACCAAUUUCUUUCCUCAAGUUGAUCAAUUCAUUUGAUAGAAAAUUGAUCAACUUCCUGUUACUUUUAGAUGAGCCAAUUAGAUGUCGUUUCAGAACCGAUUGACCAACAGGAAACGCACAGGAAGUGAAAAGAAAUUUGAAUUCGUAUGAAUUGAUCGACUUGAGGAAAUGAAUUCAUGCAAUAUUUUAUCAACACUUCCAUUGCAUCGACAGUAAUAAUUCAUGAGAAAAAGACAAGGAAAUCACCACCGUAUCGGGGGUUUUAUAUCAAUUAUAUGCGAUAAAAAACAUGCUAGUUUACAUAAACUUUAGCUUUGAAUUUCUCGACUUUGAUAAUGUUUAUUUUUAAAAUUACUUCGCCAUUAUUGCACUCAUAAGAUCGGUCGUUUCUUAAGCCAUUUAAAACACUAGCAGUUCGUGCUUUAUCAGAUAUAGAACUCUCGUGCUGUGCACUCAGUUUUUAUGAUCAGUUUGAUAAAGCAUUCCUGAUCGUGUUUUAAUUAAAUACUACUUAAUAGUCUGCGCGAAAACUCAAAACUAAGAAUUUAUGACCGUAAAGGAGUUCUCACACAACCAAUCAUUAAUGUCUCUAACUAAUGUAUAAUUAAGGACUUCGUUAUGCGAUUAUUGCGUGAAGAAACUGCAUUGGUCGGGAAAAAGCCUGAAGAGUGAAAUAUUUGCUCGAGUCAUAUAUAUAUAACUAUUUAUUUAACAAUGUCCCAAUAAAAAGCCGUAGAGUUUUGUAGAAGACAUAAAUACGAAAGCACUUUGUCUGGAAAGGUUUGGAAAGACUUUUUGUUUUGGCCUCAGCUAAUUGUAUUUCCUAGGAAACUCUGUUUUUCGCCACCUACACGCCGGCACUCAAUACUCAGAUCAUGCACCGCUUGAGAUGUACGAAUAAAGAACAUAUUUGAACUUUUAAUCCUUACGGAGAUGUAGGGAGACGUAGAAAUAAUAUGAAUGGUUUCUAAUCUUUGUAAAAAUUGUAUUUCACGUUAUUGUGGAUUCCAUUCCAGACUCUCCAAGCAGCAACAAAACGAUGCGGGGCGUCCAAGCUGCUCCAAGACAUUCGUACGUGAAUGUAUCCGCAUAUGAAUCUCCUGACUAUGCUGUAAAAAGUAUUGAACGAAAUGAAGCUGAAUCGAAACCUGGGAUUUCUACAGAUCAAGAUUCCUCAACCUACAUGAGCUUGAAAGAACUUGAGAACUUUUAUCAAUCGCUACAACCCCCCGGCUGA